GCACCUCGUAAGUAGCCAACAUCUACCAGAUGAGCCUCUUCUUGCAGUUUUUGGCACAUGUUCAUGUACAAAUUUUGAAGUGUUGUACUUAAUCGUACGGUACCGGACCUAUCUUCUAGAAGUUGAAGUUUUGAAGGAACCUCUUUGACAACUACUUCCGAUCUUUCUAUUACUUCUGCCGGUUGUAAAGGCGUCUUUGAAAGCAAGCUCUUUGCCUUCGGCGCAGUCCGUGUCAUUUUUUGAAAAGCGUUCGCGGUUGUGUCAAUACAACUAGCAGAUCGCUGUGUCUUAGUGUAGUAUACUUCUUCUUCACGUACGAGGGAGGAUUCGCAUUCGCUGCUUUAGCUUUGUGUAGAAGUGGUCCUUUUGAUGAACUGCAAAAAUGUACAACUCGAUGCUCUACUCCAAUUCCUGUGGCGGGCCAGUUCUCCUCUUGCUUGUGAUUUCUCUCGGACAGUUUGUGCUCCCGGCGCGAUCCAGCGUGUGGAAGCGGGUCUCACUCAGCCCAGAUUUAUUGCCAGCCAGUUCCACUUCCCAGCAUGCGACGCCCACACCACCGCCCGAUUUACUUUCCAGAACUGUAGUCACUGUGCCUGAGGUUGUAACAGAGACAGUUGCUACAUGUGGGCAUUCUACUUUCGCCGCUUGUCGUGAAUCCGAAGAUUCGUCGUCAUCUUCUUCCACCACGACCUCAAGCAUCCUUUUCUGGCGCCCAGGUUUUGCGGAAUCGAAAGUCUUAACCGACUUCUUUCAGCAUGUGGCGGGUGAUGACAGAACAAGCCCCUCAUCUAUUUCCUGGAGCGAGCUGUGGCUGUUUCCGCUUCUGAAGCAGCACCAGGAAGAGACACGCUGGCUGCUCCUCAACUAUCUGGGCCGCCGCGGCAAGGGGGAUGAAGAUGAUCCGCGAGGACUUCAGACCGCCAGGGACCCCACAGCGAGCCUCGUCAACAUUCAAAAAUGUGCAAAUAAAGCAGAAGAAGAUCGCGUUCGCGACGACGACGAGCUUGGUCAAAAUAGGAUCCCUGAACAACACGACGAAUCGUACCACCAGCAUGCUCAGAAUUAUAAACCCCGGUCCCUGUCCGCGUCCAGUAUGACCACCAGCGCGAGUAGCAGUUGGUUUGAUCCUGGUGCUCCACCGGGAAGAUCAUCUUCUUCUGCAGCUCCUUCCGAAGCGUUUUCGUCUCCUCCCCACAAAAAUUUGUUAAAAUGGCUACAACUGGAGGGAGUAGAGGACGAGGAUAAUAUGGAUAACGACGAGGAGGAGGCACAACGAAAAAUCUUCCCAGGAAGAGCCGUAGAAAGAGAAGAAACUGCAGCAGUGCCCGUGGUAGAGCAUCAAGAGCUAUCGUGGGAAGAAGAAAGACAACUGGACAACUUGCGGGUUGUGCCAAUUCUGUUACGUGACGCCAGCAUUCUUGAUGACCGGGAUGAAGCCCAAGAUGAUCAUGCUCCUGUAGUCGAUGCUGAUGUUGAUGGCAAAGAACUGACAACGAGCUCAGGAGCAGCUUCCUUGCCGCCCCUGCAAGCGACAACCUUGGCAAAGGUCGCAGAUUUCCUGGCGUUGGACAUGAAAAAAUGCAACGAAUGGAUCAUCCUCAACGUGGCGCGCGAACUACUUUCAUCGACGGUGCGGGAGGACAAAAAAGAGGAUGACGCACGGACGAGAUCUACACCACCUGCAGGAUCCCGGAGUCGGGGUGCGGCGACUUCUACAGAAGUGUCUUCACUUGCAGUUUCCGAAACUGCAAUUAAAAGCCUUGUCAAUAACUUCCUUCUCGACCGCCCAACACGAAAGAGGCUGUGGCGGUGGUUUGCGAGCGAGGUCUUUUGGAACAUGGAUUUUGACAACGCCGACGAUGACGAGAGCGACCAAAAGGUAAAGGACCACGUCGGAGCUGCGGAUGGUGGAAACCGCAGUGACCACGCAGCUUCACAAACUACACUAAAGUUGCUGCGCCACGAGAUUUUCAACGUGGACGCAGACCCCGAUGCCCACCCCGCGGGGAAAGAGAAAGUAGAGCACGAGGAGGACAAAGAAGCACUGAACAAGCGCCGUGAAGAUUAUAUCGCAGACGCGAGAGCCUGGAUUCUGCGCGAAUGGCGGGAGACUAUUGACGAGCUGCUUUUGCCCUGGCUGGACCCAGAUGCGAGGGAGACCUGGACGCAGAAUUUCUCCGUUGUGGCUGGAGGAGGAAGUACAAGAACCACUACAAGAACAGUAGAAACAGAAGCCGAAGCCGAUCGUCCGCCAUCUUGUCAGGUGGACGACUCGAGUCUUGCUUCGGGUUCGGACUUGGAGCCGAACAGGAACACCAGAAAUGCGCACAAGAACGACCUAAAAGAACAAGAAGUGCGAAGACUUCCACGACACAACAACAAUGCCCCGACCAUGCGUCACUUCGAACUCUACUAUGACCGGAUUUGCCAGCUGCUCACCUGGCUUUCGAAUCCGAUCCACCGAGCGCUUCCGGACUUCGACGAGGCGCUGGAUGCGUGGGAAGACGACCGCAAUCACUUCCGACACAUCCUGACGGGGGUGACGCCAGCAACUGCAGCGAUACAGGAACCACCUGCUCCGCAGCGAGUGGUGGCCUCUUUGGCGGCAGCUACUGGUACAGGAGGUCGUGAAGGCAUCUCCAAUGCCACGACUACAAGACCCUCAGCUUCAACCGGAGGUGCGGCUCCAUCUACAGGAGCUCCUACAACCUCGCCGCCUAGCAACCAGCCAGCACCAAAAAGUAGAAACACGGUAAUGAUCACCUCCGCCGCGCUGCAGCGAUUACGGCCGCAGAUCAUAGAUACGAUCCCUGCCCGGAAAACACUACAGAUCCUGACCGAGCUCUUCCAGGGGUCGUUGCACGGAGACCCAACUGGGAUUGCUACGCAGAUUGCGACCUUCAUCUGGCGCGCCGGACGCUUUUUCACGGACCACCUGGCUGCACCAGGAAGAAAAAGUUAUGUAGAGCAAAUGCAAAGCCAAAGAGACCACGACGUAAGCAGUGCAGACGAGGAAGAAAUGGAACUGUCCCGCGCGGGUAUCGCGAACCUGUCCGUUUCAAGAGGUGGACCAACAUCAGUGCCAGCGAGAAGUGCAGAGGACGGCGAGAUGUUGAAUGGAAAUGGUGCAGCUUUACUACUUCAACAUCCGGAAGCGAUGACUUUCGAGGCACAACAGCGUUACCACAUGUCUACGUCACGACGGGCCCAAGAACGGGCCCCCGCGCUAUUUCGGCCUGAUGAACAAAAUACCGGUUGGACGAGAACAAAGCAGAGUCUCUUUUUUCCGCAACGGCGGAGGGGGGAUUGGGCACGGACCGCGGAUCCAGGUGAUGUUGCGAGAGGCUCAGCACUCCGUACGCCAACCACUGCAAAGAACCCCAGCUCUAUUUACGCCACGUCCUACAGGCCUUCCACGCUCCAGGAGCUCGCCUUCCGGCUGUACACGCGCGCUCUGGCGACGCAAAACAUCCAGGCCGAAUUCCAGGAGAUUCUGAAAGACCUGGAGCGCACCGAGAACUUCGCCGAUCGCGAACGGCUCGUAGCGUACGCCCAUAAUGUCGAGUGGAUAACUUACGGCGGCACCGCCGUCGCUAUACCUAGACGCAGUGGCCGGGCACCAUCGCCAUCUGCCGCCUUGCGAAACGCUUCUGGUGCCGCUGCGCACAACACCGACUUUGAUGAAGGACAGCACGAAGACCGCGACCACGAUGGUAUCGGCUUCGAGAUGAAACAGGACCUGCUUUACUUCUCGGAGCGGCAUCCGAGGAGGGUGUUUCAGCUGGUCAUCAAGGAACUCUCCGAACGCAACUACCGUCUCUCUCCGUAUUGGCAGUCGGUGUUCGGGAUGCUGCGUGCGGCUGGAACGAUCAGUGGAACCACCCGAGGUGGUCCAAGCUUAUUGGAUCAUGUUGACAUCACUGCACACUCGCACAUCAAUCAGAAGUUGUCCUCACAUUCCCAGGCGCAGAACAUGGAAGAACGGGAGCAAAGCAGUAACGGACCUGCAGCCACGGUUUUUACAGAACAUAGAGACACUAACAUGCGACAUGGUAGAGCGGCAUCCGCAAGCAGUAGCACCGUCGGCGUUGCGCCUGCAUCUUCUUCAGAUGACCUCCGUCUGCACAGCGGCGACGGUCGUCGCGACUCCGUGCAAGAUGAAAUGAGUGCGGAUCUUCAUGCAGCAUCAUCUUCAUCUUGUUCUUCCGUGCCGCUUGAUGAUUCCUGCUCCUCCCCGUCAGCCUCCAGUACUACGCCAGCCCGGAGCUUUAAUUUUCUGCAAGCUUUUCCGGCCCUCCAGCUGCGUUUGCGCAGACUCUGGUCCUCGGAAACGUGA